UAUCCCUUCCCUGACCAGCAGGGGGAGCUGGACACCGGAAAUCACGAGAACCGGGAGAUGGGCUCCGCUGUCUCCUCCACCUCCUCCAGACACUUCCGAGACACCUCUGUCCCCCUCUGUCCACCUCUGUCCUCGUCUGUCCCCCUCUGCCCCCCUGUCCACCGGUGUCCCGGAUCAGGCGCUCCCUGGCUCUGUCCCCGGCACUGUCCCCGGCUGUCCCCGAAUCGUCCUGACUGCGGGGCUCUCCUGUCCCGUUAGGCCCAUGGCUGAUGUUUGUUUGUCGGUAGGAUCGAUCAGAAUGCUGCUAUAGGAGAAGGAGCGCUGAAAAUGGCCGGUGAGGAUGAGAGAGGGGUCGUGCGAGUCAAAGUGAAGAAAUGUGAUGGAGCUCUUCCAUUGGAGCUGCGGUCCUUUGCGGUGGACCCUCAGAUCACAUCUCUGGAGGUGCUACAGCACAUCCUCAUCAGAGCCUUCGAUUUGAACGGAAAGCACAACUUUGGGAUCAGCUACCUGUCCCGUGACCACGGCGCUGCUGAGGUGUACCUGUCCCUCACUUCAGACUGGGACCUGGAUGUGGCCUUUGUCAGUGCAGCCAAACCUUAUCUGCAACUCAAGAUGGACAUCAAACCUGCAGAGGACAGUCCCGUGAUGGAGGACUGGGACAUCAUCAGCCCCAAAGAUGUGAUGACUUCUGAACAGUUAGCAGACAGGACGCGCUCUCUGGCCUCUGCAGCUCUGCCCUUCACACAAUCUCUGCUGUCCCAGGUUGGUCGGACCCUGAGCCGUGUGCAGCAGGCCUUCAGCUGGUCGUACGGGGAGGAGAUCAAACCCUUUAAACCUCCACUGAGCGACGCAGAGUUCCACUGCUACCUGAACAGCCAGGGCCAGCUCACCAAACCUGAAGAACUGAGACUGCGAAUUUACCAUGGAGGUGUGGAGCCUUCACUACGCAAGGUGGUGUGGAGGUACUUGCUGAACGUGUACCCCGACGGUCUGAGUGGGCAGGAGCGGAUGGACUAUAUGAAGAGGAAGACCCGGGAGUACCAUGAGCUGAAGAGCCAGUGCAGCUCCAGAGUGAGCGCUGAGGAGCUGGACUUCAUCCGGGGGAACGUCCUCAAAGAUGUUCUGAGGACAGACCGAGCCCACGCCUACUACGCUGGGUCAGAGGACAGUCCACACCUAACCGCUCUCACCAACCUGCUCACUACCUUUGCCAUCACACACCCACAGAUUUCCUACUGCCAGGGCAUGAGUGACAUUGCCUCUCCCAUCCUGGCCGUCAUGGACAAUGAGGCUCAUGCUUUCAUCUGCUUCUGUGGCAUCAUGAAGCGCCUGGAGGGAAACUUUCGGCCUGAUGGACAGCUCAUGUCAGUCAAGUUCCAGCAUCUGAAGCUGCUGCUCCAGUACUCUGACCCAGAAUUCUACUCCUACCUGGUGUCCCGCGGGGCCGACGACCUGUUCUUCUGCUACCGCUGGCUACUGUUGGAGCUCAAGAGGGAGUUUGCCUUCGAUGACGCUCUGAGGAUGCUGGAGAUCACAUGGAGCUCCCUGCCCCCUGAUCCCCCAGAGACUGAGGUGGAGCUGUUUGGCCCACCUCUGGAAACAGAUACCGCAUUAAACCUCACGCAGAGGGGAGUGUUCAUAGAAAAUGAGUGUAGCCAUGACAACCAGAAGGAGAGACAGCGCAGGCGACACAUGCUCCGACCCUCACGAGAAGAAGCAGCUGUCCCCUUUGUUACGGAGGACAAGGUGCUGUCGGAGGCAGAGCGGACAGGUGAUAACAGCACCGCGCUAACUGUUCAAUUAGGACGUAAGGGCAGCUUUGGGGAGUUUAAAUACUACUCUGCACGUAGUGAGGAGUGCUUUGACAUGGAGGGUGUAGAGCUGCCACCAGAGCAGACCGAACCCAAGUCUACCCUGUGCAGCCGCCAGUCCACAAUGGAGAGUGAGGAUGACCCGGGUGAGAAAACCCCACUCAUCAAAAACACAGAGGUCUCAGAUUGCGUUUCACCCAGUGUAAUCCCAGAGGUCAAAGACUGCAGUAAAGAGGACUCACUCAGGACUGUGUGUAGCAGCAGUAGCAGUGCGGUCAACCGAGCAUCCUCUCCGUCUCGUCCCCGCUCUCUUCUGUCCUCACCUAUUCUCUCCUUUGGUAAAGGGCACUUUGGCUGUCCAUCCAAGCCAAACACCUUGUCGUCACCUGGAAACAAACCACUAACUACUACGGCUCCAAAGGUCGAGAGCUUGUGCAUCAAACCCUGCUCCCUGCCUCCUCCACAAGAAUUUGGGAAAGGCAACCCAUUCAUGUUGUUUUUAUGUCUGUCUAUUCUCCUGGAGCACCGGGAUCAUAUAAUUAAAAACAGUCUGGACUAUAAUGAGCUGGCUAUGCACUUUGACCGGUUGGUGCGCAGACACAACCUGGGGCGCGUGCUCCAGAGGGCCAAGGCGCUUUUUGCAGACUACCUGCAGAGCGAGGUUUGGGACUCUGAGGAGGGGGACGAGGUCAGCUCCGACUCGCCCACCUCAGCCACCGGCGCUCCCCUAUGCCCGCCUGCCGCAGUGCCCACUCAGCCCAUCUACAGCCCUCUCACAUCCCCCCAAGCAUCAUUGCCCAAUUCCACCUAUAACCUGUCCACCACAAUCCCCUCGCCCUCCAUCCCCUCGCCCUCCACUCAGGUCGCCCUCUCUCCCACUUUCUGAGAAGUUUGACUCUACUGGCUGAACUGUACUCCCUCCGUGAAGGAGAGACACAAAGGAGAAUCAAUUUGGUCUUUUGAGUUGUUCAUUUGAGUUUCCUGUAGAUCACUUAUGGCAAACUUGCAAUCAAUUUUUCAUUAUUUUCAUCUUUCUCAAAAAAUAAAAGUAAUAAUAAUAUAACCAAAUUGGGAAUUAUGGAUAGAGUGAGUGAUUUAAAGUGGGAAUAAACACCUAAACUUCGCCCACAACCACAUUUCAAAUAGAGCUGCUAAACUGGGCAGUACCUGGAAUCAAAAACACCUGGCUGUAAUCAGAGCAGUCCUGUGUGAUGUCACCAACUACUGGAAAUUGCAGAGGUCACUGUAAACUCAAACUCUGUACAUUUGCAGCUUUCUGCUCAUAAACUAAGUUGGCAAAAAUGACUAGGUAUAGUAGACAAUGCUAUUCAAACACAGUUUAGGGCCAAAAAAAGUGUAUUUAGUGUUUAGUUCCACUUUUAAAAAAAUUCACUUUGUCACUUGUUAAUUAAACCAAGUAUUACAGAAAAGCUUGUUAAAUAAUCCAACGUUGUCUUGUAUUUUGGAGUAAAACGAUCAAUACAUCAGCACAAAAUGAAACAUUGACUGAUCUUAGAAAAAUGUAUACUGUAAGUGUUAUGUUUUUGUGUACAUAUAUGAAUUAAUUUUAGAAUUUAAUAUAAUAAUUCUAUACAAUAUAAUUCAUUGAAUAUAGAACUGUAAUUAUCUCUGUAAUUACUGGGCCUAUUCACAUGAAACAAAAACUGGCACAGAGUUCAACAUGUUCUAUUUCAGCACAAAUAAGAGGUGACAUUAAUUCUCAUUUUAUUAUCUCUGUGAUGUGACUGUGGACAGUGGGAAAGGCAUUAAACUAUGACCACUGCAUAAGCUCUGUUUUGAUAUAACAAACUAUAUAAUUAUUUUAUUGUAAAGUGUUCCCACUGUUAAUUUUAAAUGUAUAAGAAGCUGUAUUGCUGAAAUGUAUGAGAGCAUUUUUAUAAACCACAGAUACACACACACACACGCAGACAGUAAGUGUUUGAAUUUGAUGUCCCUUUGUCCUCAUAUGACUUGUUCAUUUCUCCCAAAUAUUCUACCCAAUUCAAUCUGUAUAUUAAAAAGUGUACUUGAGUUGGUCCUGCUCCACUGUCCAAGUCAGUAGUUGAUUACAUAACAAUGUCCAAUGCCAGAAUUUUUUUUUUUUUUUUUUAUGGUAAAAUGGUCCUUUUCAACAAAACACUUUGUUUUGUUUCACAACACUCUUCACCUUUCUGCCUUCUGCUGGCUUCUUAAGUGCAAUUAUGUUUUUGAUCUGUUCAGAAUCUGUUUUUCAUGACAAUUCAUAUUUUGAGCAUCUUUAAACCUAAAAAGGUAUGGAUUUCAUUCUUCUAUAAUCUAUGACAUGCUGUUUGCAGGUAACCUACGUAAUAAAUAAAAGCAAGAACCUUUUCAA